AUGUUUGUCAUUGUUGAAUUACUACUUAGACCAAGGAAAUAUAACUUCUUCGGUCUAUACAGUGACAAAAUGACAACCAUGGCGGUGUUUCAAUAUAGUAUUUUGACUCAUUUUCAAAUCGUUGUUUAUUGCGGGCAUACUUUAUUUGCUUUCAACCGUUUCACAGCUUUAUAUUUCCCAUUCAUACAGAAAAAGAGCACGCUUUACGUAAGUAGCAGCUCCUUAGUAGUGGUGGUGGUGACCUCUUCUUUAUUUUAUACGGCCUCUUUUCUGAAACUGAAGUUUAUUUCAGGGCAGAAUAAACCAUUAACGGGAACGGAACUGAAACUGUUAUUCAGUGCUUUUAUAUCCGCCACUCCUUUGCUCCUCGAACUGUUCAGAGCACUUAUUCAGCAUGUAGCCGUUUUCCAAUCGAACAAUGAUAUGAUUAUUAUUUUAACGGAGCUGUGGUAUUACAUGAUUGAAAUUACCAUUGGGAUAGAAGCUUGGAUUCAUCUUUCCAUCAAUUCUGAGUUGCAAGAGAAUUGGAGAAAAUUCAUUCUAUCAAAUUUGAACUCUUAUAAGAUUACCGAUAACUCAAAUACUCCGUGA